AUGCCUCGUUCACAGUUAAAUACAUCCAAAAAUGGAUUUGCUGCCGAUGAAAAUCGUAAAUCUUCAAAUAAAACGCCUAAGCCUAAGAAGUCAAUAACGACACCCGGCCGUAAAUCUAGUUCAGUUACGAAAAAUCAAGAUCGUUUAGUAGGAGGAGCAGAUGUACCCGAGGAAAAGGAAAAUGAAUCUGCGCCAACGGAAGAAAUUUUGGAAGAAACUAUUAUUGAGACAAACGAAAAAGCAUCAAGUUUGAAAACGGAAAAUGGAAAAUCACCUACUCGUACAGGAGGACCAUGUUGCACCUGUAUGUCACAAAUGCCAGGAUCUACUGGAGAUAAGAAGGUGGAUGAAAUGAUCGACUACGUGCAUCAAAAUUUACAAGAAGCUGGUAAAGCAUUGGCCACUUUAAGCGAGAACUUUGAGCAUGAGUCAAAGGUUGAGCCCUGUACGCAAUAA